GUCAAAUCAUUGUCCACCAUGGCGGAAUGUGUUCGACUUGACAGCAGCACAAGUAGUCACACCAUGGAUAAAAGCAUUACUCUUCCGCCCGACGAAAUAUUCCGCAAUUUGGAAAACGCAAAGCGGUUCGCGAUAGACAUAGGUGGAUCUCUCACAAAGCUUGCCUACUACUCAACUGUACAGCACAAAGUGGCCAAAGUCCGAUCUUUCGACCACGCUACAAAGGAGGCUGCCAGUGACAAGCUCUAUGAAAUAUCUGUGCAGGAAGAGGUCACUGCACGCCUGCACUUUAUCAAGUUUGAAAAUGCUUACAUUGAAACAUGCUUGGACUUCAUCAAAGACCAUCUGGUCAACACGGAUACCAAAGUUAUCAAAGCCACAGGUGGAGGGGCGCACAAGUUUAAAGAACUCAUUGAGAGGAAACUCGGACUCAAAGUGGACAAAGAGGAUGAGAUGACCUGCCUCAUCAAGGGCUGUAACUUUGUGCUAAGGAACAUACCCCACGAGGCUUUUGUGUACGCCAAGCACGCUGACUCAGAGUUCCGCUUUCAGACGACUCAACCAGACAUCUUCCCUUACCUGCUCGUCAACAUCGGCUCUGGAGUGUCAAUAGUCAAGGUUGAAUCAGAGGACAAAUUUGAGCGAAUAGGAGGGAGCUCAAUAGGUGGAGGGACGUUCUGGGGACUUGGAGCCCUGCUCACCAAAACAAAGAGAUUUGAUGAGUUGCUACAAUUGGCUUCAAAAGGGCAGCACACAAGUGUCGAUAUGCUUGUCAAAGAUAUCUACGGAGGAUCUUACGGGUCUUUGGGCUUGACUGGAGAUCUUAUUGCGAGCAGUUUUGGAAAGUCUGCUACUGCUGACAAAGAGUUCUCUAAAGAAGACAUGGCCAAGAGUUUACUCCAUAUGAUCAGCAACGACAUCGGGCAGCUGGCCUGUCUGUACGCCAAGCUCCACAACCUGUCCAGAGUUUACUUUGGAGGCUUCUUCAUUAGAGGACACCCUGUCACCAUGCACACAAUCACUUACAGCAUCAACUUCUUCACCAAGGGUGAAGUUCAGGCCUUGUUUCUAAGACAUGAAGGUUAUCUCGGCGCCAUUGGAGCAUUUCUUAAAGGAGCAGAGGAGGACAAUCCAAACCAGUACAGUUGGGGUGAGAAUUAUGCGGGGAGUUCUGGCCUGAUGAGCGUUUCUCCAGAUAUGAAUCCCAUGCAACGUGCACGUAGUGGAACGUUUGACAUGUUGGAGAUGGACCGUCUGGAGAGACAGCUGGUGAAUCUGCCUCUGCUGCAGGACCCUUCAUCUUACAUCCCUGACACCAUGGACCUCACAGAGGACGCUCUGGCCCGUGAAUACUGGCUCUACUGCUUCGAAGAGGCCCUAGAUGGGGUGGUUAAGCGAGCUGUUGCGAGCCAGCCUGACAUGCCAGAGGCAGCCCAGCGAGCCGAGAAGUUCCGCCAGAAAUACAGACACAAGCUCCAGACCCUCCGCCAACAGCCUUUUGCUUAUGGAUCCCUCACUGUCAGAAGUCUGUUAGACACGAGGGAACACUGUUUAAACGAGUUCAACUUUCCUGAUCCCUACUCUAAGAUUAAGCAGAAGGAGAAUGACAUGGCACUCAAGUAUUACCAGAAGGCAGUGAAGUCCCUGGAGGAGUUGAGCUGGGAGCAGAGACAGUUUGCCCUGGUCAGGGGCGUCCUGGCUGGGAAUGUCUUCGACUGGGGAGCCAAAGCCGUGUCGGAUGUCCUCGAGUCUGAUCCUGAGUUUGGGUUUGAGGAGGCUAAACGACAGUUGGAAGAGCGGCCGUGGCUUGUUGACUCCUAUGACCAGUGGUUUGAGAGACUGAAGGGUCCUCCUCAUAAGUGUGCCUUGUUUUUCGUAGAUAAUAGUGGAGUAGACAUCAUUCUAGGGGUGAUGCCUUUUGUCAGAGAGCUUCUCUCUCGAGGAACAGAGGUUGUGUUGGCAAGCAACUCUGGUCCGGCUUUGAAUGACGUCACGAAUGGUGAACUGCAAAUACUGACAGAAAGAAUCGCCGCCAUGGAUCCAGUGAUUCAGGCUGGUCUGAGGGAGGACAGAUUGAUGUUGGUCCAGAGUGGUUCCAGUUCACCCUGCCUGGAUCUGAGCCGCCUGGACAAGGUGCUAGCGAUGGUCGUGCGGGAGCGGCAAACUGACCUGGUGAUCAUCGAGGGAAUGGGCCGAGCCAUUCACACCAACUACUACGCCAUGCUCAGCUGCGAGAGCCUCAAGAUGGCCGUCAUUAAGAACUCGUGGCUGGCCGACCGACUGGGAGGAAAGCUGUUCAGCGUGGUCUUCAAGUACGAGGUACCGGCCGGAAAACCCAGCCAGCACUCUGCAGCGCUGUCGCCCUUAUGAGCCCAACACAAGCUCGUGUUUGAGCAGGACAGAACGCCGAAGUCGAGCAGCCAGAAUGGAUAAGCUGUAGCUCUGAAUGUAAGGAUGAUGAUGAUACUGCCACCAAGUGAAUGAGUGAUUGGAAAGCUGAUUGUAAAAUGUAGGUGGGUUUUAAAGGUGAUCAUUAAAAGGUAACUUUGGUAUUUUUUAACCUGGACCUUAUUUUCCCAUGUUUUUGUGUCUGUGUGACUUAUGGGGACAACGUUUUUAAAAAUGUAUUGAGUUAGAUGUGAAAAUAUUCUGGCUCUACACACUGUUUCUCCCCGUUGCCUCUCUGAUGCCCUCUUGUCCAUCUCCCGAUAUUUUCACAUCUAACUCGUUGAAUUAAGGAUUUAUUUCGACCAAACCAGAGUUGUUGAUUGUUGGAACAGUGGAAGGAUGGUUUUAGUGAGUUCUUAAUUUCUGUUGAUUUCAAAUGAAGUCUCACGAUAAUCUGCAAGUAAAAAUUACUGUUUUUGUCAAUGGAGUCUGGUGGCUUUGAACAGAGUAAUAUAAUUGCUGUUUCUGGUUAAACAAAAAGGAUCUUGCUCUUUUAUAAAAAGGUGUAUCUCUGUAGGGAUGCUUCCCAUAAGGUUGUCAGACAGUAAUAACAAUCUGAGUGUGUCAGUGGCAAAAACAAGGACUUGUAGUGGACAUUUGUUUUCCUUCUGCUGGCUGCAGCCCUCUCACUCAAUACUGGACCAAUUUCAUACAUUUUUUAAUCACUCUCACAAAAACAUGGGAAAAUAGUCUCAAAAUAUACCAAAGUUGCCCUUUAACAGGAAGCUUUUACAUUUAAUUCUGAAAUAUUGUUGAUUUUAGUGCUGGUUUCAUGGUUUACACUGCUUUCUUGCAGGUCUCUGUCCAACAUCCUGUACAAUCCCUUAUCGUUUGCAACCAUCAUUACUGAUCUCCUUCAGCUGGAGUUUGUUGUCAUGUGAAGUCACUGGCUGUGUUCAGUAAACUUUACAGACUGUUAAGACAAAUGAAAUGAAUGAAACCUUUAUUUUUAAAAUAUUUUAUCAGUCAUUGACAUUCUGCCAACACACCACACUGAGCACCCUUAUGGGCAAAUGUGAUUCUCUUCUGGAGUGUGUUUGUGUGUCAGAGAGUGAGAGCUGCAGCAGUAAUUACAGCUUUCAGCGGUAACACUUUUUACAUAAAGUGUAUUUAAUGUGCCUUGAGGCUGAUGUGAUAAAAGCGUCAUUCACGUAGACUGCUUUUACUUCUUGUUAAAGGAAAUAUCUGCUUUUGUUUCCCAGCAAUCUCACGCCAUAGACUAGGAAGAAUCCAUGGAUCUCCUGUGUUUUAUUACUGCCAGUGAAUGAAUUGAGAUGAAGAAAUGAAUCAUUGUCACUGUCACUUGUGUAGCUGUUAAAGUGGCAUCAGGGAAAAUGUUUGAUCAGUGGGAGAAGCAGCACUUUAUCACAAAGAGAUUCAGUUGUGUUCCUCCACAAGGUGGCAGUAUUCUACUGUGACGUAGGUUUUUAUGAUUUCUCAAAUCUUUCCCAAGGUGCUUGGUGUCAAAAAUUAACACUGCAUAUUUCAGGUUGAAUAUUCUAACUGUCUCUGAUCAAAGCUUCACUUGGAACUUUUUGUCACUGAGCUGGCCGUGGCAUGAGUCCAGAGAUUCACUGUAAUUAACUGGCAUGUUCAAGUACAAGCUGUAUCCCUAAAUCAAAAGGCAAUAAUACUGCAGCACCUAGUUGUAACGAACAUCAAACACUGUGUGAUUGUGAAGUGGCUGACUGUAUUGGUGACUUCAUCGUAAAUAUCUGAGUUCAAGGGAUCGGAUUUUAAAAAGCCUUGGGAGUGAAAGUGUUCCCCAAAGGUGCAGUUGCUUGACAUGUGGACUCACAUUGCAAUAUUGUAUUUGUCAUUUGUACAUACAUGUGAUAUACAAGUCUGUGUGUGUAUACACAUAUACAUAUAUAUGUAUUAUUAUAUAUAUAUAUAUAUAUAUAUAUAUAUAUAUAAAAUUCAUUUGCAUCACUUCUGUUAAGCACACCAAGCACAAUUUUGUGUGUUAUUCUCCUGACAAUCAAUUUUAAUUAAAUGGUAAAAACCCUUAUUUUA